UCGAUUUUGAAUUAAUUUGAACUUGCGCGAAGACGUCGCAGUACGUCCCGUGCUGUUAUUAUUUAUUACUUUUGUAUUUAAAAUCCAGAUUCAAGCCGUCGUGUUGAAAUUUAGCUUUUAAAUAAUAAUUUCUUUUAUAAUUUAAUGCUGUUAGCAAAUUAAACUAGAAUGUUUUAUUUUUUGCGAUGAUGUAAGAAUUCGAAGGUCUAAAGGCUUUUGAGCACGGGUUUGCGUCAUUAUCGCACGGAGCGUGCGCGAGUUUCACCAUGGAUGGGGAGGACGGAGGCACCGGAAACACCGAUAAAGAAGAACAUGAGAGCAGCACGAAUUCUACACCUCAAGAACAUAAAUCUUUUGCUGAAUUUGCGAAAGAUAAACUCGACAGUGCUGGACGAGAGCUCCGCAGACGUUUACCCAUGGCCGGUCAGCUUGGGGCUCACCUGAUGCAUCCGAGGAGAUUACUUCUACACUCAACUCCCACUCAGCAAACCGAUGUAGUGCUGAUAUUUCCCAAAGGCCUACCAGACAGUAUGCUUUUAUGGUUACUGCAGAAGCUCAGAGGGAGUAGGCCGCGACUACGUGUCUGCGUCAGGCAGCACGCCUCCUCUCAAUGCUCAGCCUUCUACAUCACAGCCGACGAUGAUGUAUUGUUGCAGACGGCUGAAGAAGUGCACCUUCCAAAACAAUUGAAACCAGAAUUUGGUGGGGGAUACAAGGAAUUCACUGUACGCGACAUGCAUUGUUUUCAAAAGGGCUCGUCAGCAUCAGAACUCCUCAAUACGCAGGAGCGUGGAGUCCUCGUGAAGCACGUGCUGGAGUCAGCUCGUGCGGAAGCAGGCGAUGAGCAUGCUUUAGAACCGGCGUUAACCCUAAGGCCUGGACAAAGUAUUGUGCCUGCGUGUGUGAGUCGGGGCGUCGUAGCGAAUAUGUUUCCGUUGCACGAAAGAAAUUCUCUGGAGAGCCUGCGGAAGAAGUGGGUGAAGACUUUCUUCUCCCCACAGCCUUUAGAUGAAAUAAGUGAAUAUUUCGGCGUCAAAAUCGCGAUGUAUUUCGCUUGGCUCGGCCAUUACACGCGCUCGCUGACCGUGCCGGCCGUCGUCGGUUUUAUAUUCUGGAUAUGGCUGGGCACUGCGAACGAUCAGUGGAAGGACAUAGCGUACAUGCUGUUCUCAUUGUUUAAUGUAUUGUGGGCGUGCAUUUAUUUGGAGACUUGGAAAAGGUACUCCAACGUGUUGGCUUAUAGAUGGGGAACCCUGGACCAGCGCGACGACUUGCUUCUCGAGCCCCGACCCCUAUUCCAGGGUGAAAUGAGCAUAAGUCCGGUGACUGGCCGCCCGGAGCCCCAGUACGCCUCGUGGCGACGUCGGGUGUGGCGACACUGUAUAUCGAUGCCCGCCACGCUGCUGUGUCUGUGUGUGGCCGCCGGUGCAACCUUUGCACUUUUACGUGCGCAGGAUUGGUGGGAAAAUAAUAUAGUAUAUUUCACGUGGAUACCCCGUGCACUGCUGGCUAUAAUCAUCGCCGUGGAAGAAGAAGUCUACGCGAGGAUAGCCAGAUGGCUAAAUGACAAAGAAAACUAUCGCCUCGAUACGAAAUAUGAGAACCAUCUGAUUGUGAAAAUUGCAUUGUUUCAAUUCGUGAACUCGUUCAUGAGUUUGUUCUACAUUGCGUUUUAUCUACAGGAUAUGGAUAAAUUGAAGGAGCAAUUAGCAGUGUUGCUAAUAACUAGACAGGUAAUCGGUAAUCUGAAAGAAUCUGCUUUGCCUUACCUGAUUGAGAAUCUUCGACUCGCCAAAAUAUGCGUCGACGUGUUCGGUGCGAUCAGUCCUAGUAAAGCGCCCACGUGCACACAAUUAAACGAAUUGUUUGACAAGAAGAAUGAAUCUGUAGGCGAUGCACAGGACGGCGCCGUGCCCAACGGCAGUGCAGAGAGCGAUGAAAGGAGGGACUCAGAGCCCCUCGUCGGGCAGAAGGUCAUACAUCAAGCAGAAUUGGAAUCGCAGUUGUUUAAGUACGACGGAACGUUCGCCGAGUACCUAGAGAUGUUGACGCAGCUGGGCCACGUGGUGCUGUUCUCGUCCGCCUUCCCGUUGGCGGCGGCGUGCGCGCUGCUCAACAACGCGGCCGAGGUGCGCGCCGACGCCUUCAAGCUGUGCCACGUCGCGCAGAGACCCUUCGGCGAGAGGGUCAACAGCAUCGGCAGCUGGCAGAACGCCAUGGAAGCCAUAGUGGCGGUGGCGGUACUGGUGAACUGCGCGCUGAUAGGACUGUCGGGGCCCGUGCACAGACUGCUGCCGGACGCCACGCCCGCACAAACUAUACUCAUCAUUGUGGGAUUAGAGCACAUAGUUUUAGUGAUAGUAUUAGCGCUGCGAAUCGCGAUACCUGAGAUCCCGGGUUGGCUCGCUACAGAAAUGGCAAAAGUCGAGUUUCAACGUCGAGAAGCGAUUAAAAACGCACAUGCACCUUUGCUGUCUGAAUGUACAAGUCAAGACGACAUCCGGCUGUCGUCUCGCAACACGCCGCGCACAAUGACGCCCACGACUCCGAAACAAGCCGAAAAAACCGAUAAAAAGAAGAUAAGCAUCGGCAAAAUACCUGAGAUACCACCUUUUAGGCCGAAAGCUGCUUCAGUCACGGAGCCAGCCGUCACGACGGGCUCCCUCCAGAUACUGCAGGAUGUGAGCCCGACCAAACCUAUACGGAGGAAGGAAGCGGCUCCGGGGACCCCGCUGUCGCUACUCGGUGUGCGCGGGCUGCGGGAUGAGCCGCUGCACCGCUCGGCGCACUGCCUGCCGCACCCCGCGCUCCACCGCCCGCCCCCCAACCCCGCCCUGCAGGAGCUCUCCGGGACCGUCAGCGCGGGCGCUUCCGAGCCGGACCUCAACGCCGUGCCGGCCGACGCGAGCAUGACCUCAAGUGAAGACGACAAGCCCAAGGACAAAAGCGGUCGGUCCCGCGCCAAGGCCGCGUUGGUGAAGCGUGUGAGGUCGGUGGCGGUGUUCUCGCUCGGCCUCAAGCGGGCGCGGGAGGCAGCGGCCGGGGGCGCCGCCCCCAACACCAAGGAGCCGCCCGUCACGCCGAGUCACCCAGCGCCGAUGCUGGGAGGAGAGCUGUCUUUGAUUCCAAUCGAGCAGUUGAUACAGGUCGAUGAUGUAAAGCCUCGACCUUCCACGUAGACGGGCCCUAAGGUUGGGCACCGACGAACGCGAGGGCGAGUCGCAUUAAAGACGUUGCAGUAACUACGUAAAUGUUGUUAAUAUUGAAGGGUUGUGUCGAUAAAUGUCGAUUUUGUGGUAUAUAAAUACAUACCUCAUUUUGUCUUUGUGAGAAAGCCACUAUGAUUGCAGUUUUUGUGGUCACAUGAAUCGAAUAUUAUAUUAUUUUUUUCUAAAACAAUAUUUAACGCGUUAAUUAAUUAAAUAUUUCAUGAUUGAAAAAUCGAUAUUUAUCGAUUAAAAAUACAGUACAGUACAAUUGAUUAGUUAGCUUAACAUUAAUAAACAUAGUUAACGCCUGUUAAUUAGAUUUAUAUAGACAUAAAUAGUCUGUACGUAAUAUAAAACAGUAUUGUUGUAGAUGUUUUAUCGAUGUUGUCAGUUUCGUAUCGAUUCCAGUUGUCAAAUUGAUUUUUUUUUAUAUGAGCGUUGCAACGGCCCUAAUUGCAUUAAAAUAGGAUGCACGGCUUAACAUUAAAAUGAAAAACUAUGAUUUAAAUAUUCCUCGAUCAAGAGUUUUAUAUCUCCCUUCAAGACCGUUGACUUAUUACAAUAGUAGGACGGGUCAAAAUCGUACGUUAAGCGAAUAUAGGUAUGGUACAGACUUUUUAAUAAUUUAAACAUCAUAAAUAUGAACCUUAACGUGUAGUAAAUAAGAAUUAAAACAUUGCAUAUGCAUCAUGAAUUUGGAGAAAUAACCUGCUCGUUGAUACAGCUAAAGUUUUGCUUGAAAGAAAGCGUAGAAAAAACAAGAAAAUUUCACCUUGCGUAUUCCCGUGGGUAAUCAGACCGGGCGCUCGUGGAAGGUCGUUGACCCCAUUCGUCAAAUAUUACUUAUUAUUUUAUGGCAAUAGUUUUAACUUUAUGCCAGUUUUAAGUAAAAAAAUAUUACUUUAUCAUGAUUAAUGUUUACACUGGGAAUUGAUUUUACUGCAGAAGUAUUUUUACAUACACGAAACGUAAAUAACACCUUAGACUGUUUUAACUAUUGAAGUAAGUCACCGAAAGUCAUUGUGGGAAAUAUAAACGCAUAAAAAAAUGAAGUUUUUUGUCAAAACUGUUGGGGGAAUGUGAAAUAUUUUGAAAAGUUUUUGAUAAAAGUUUUGAUGUAAUAUUUUCAAUGUUGAUGUUUUUAGGUUAGGAAGUGAUGCUUUUGUUUUUUGAAAAUUUUAAAAGCAAUUUGUGCGACAAUAAUUUCUUAUGGCUAGUCAAACGUGUAGUUCAUCAGCUUCAAUCGCUAAGUUCUGAAAAAUAACCUAUCAUUUAUACGUGUUGAACUAUUCAUAUAGAUAUUAAGUUUUACCUGCAAUAUGUAUGUGUAUUUACUGGUGGUAGGACGUCUUGUGAGUCCGCGCGGGUAGGUACC